GAGACUGGCUUUCAGUUUCAUCAUCACCUCGAGGGCCUGUGGGUGCGGAAUAUUCUGGCUGAGUUUGGUCAGCACUGACCGUUCACUUCAUGAUGCAGGUCAAAGCCACAGGUGCAAAACUACCAGGAGAAACAACACAGGACUCCUUCCAGCACAGGUCGAGAGAGAAAAAUCGUUUGUGAAAGUUUUAGUUCUUUUUUUUUGUUUCCACAAUGGGAAGGUUAUGAUACAACCUGAGGAUUUGUCAGAAGUGGGAAAAGGUGUCUUCUUCCUGCAACAAUGGAGGCUUCCUCUCUCUGGACUGCACUGGAGUGCCUCUGCAGGAUCCUCGGCAUUUCAACCGCAGCAGUGCUGUUGGGCGUGGGGAUUGAGACUCUCCUUCGGGGAGAAUUUGAAAGCCUUGCAGUCUAUCUCCUUGUUUCAUCAGGAGGGGUUGCCAUCUUUGAGGUGUCCUAUUUUGCUGACAAGUUGCUGGGGCCCUGCCUUCCGUGUCCGUCAGGAUCGAGAGCAUUCGUCCUGUGGAAGAAAGCAGCCAGGCUCGGAGGCUUCCAGAAAUUUCUGUACUACACACUGAUGUCGGUGGUGUGUUUUCUUCACCCGGUCCUGGUGUGGCACGCUGUUAUUCCAGGAGUCAUGCUUCUCAUCACUGGUGUAGCCAACUUCUUUCUGAGUAAGAGGAAAAAAGCAAACCUGCCCCAAGUGCCUCCCUCCCUGUCUGAACUCUAUUCGGACCCAUCUGGGACAACAGUGAGUGUCACGGCAGCAGGAAACACCGAGCAAACCUACUCCUUCCACAGGGCUGUGUCCAGCAGCAGGACCACAGCCUGGGCGCACCUGCAGAGACUCUUCCACAAGCAGGGCCCGGGAGCCAAGAGUCAGGCACAGCUCGAUCACGCAGUCUUGGAUGGGAAACCGGGGAGAGGAAAGGGGAAGCAGGUGCAUUUCCAGGAGAAUGCUGUGCAGAUUAUUCCGGAUGUGUCCGAAAUGCUGGACUUUCAGGAAAUGGAGACGACUUCAGACAAGGCACCCAUCAUCAGACCAUGAGAACCAAUCCAUUCCCUUACAAGAUUUUCUGCUGAUGUACAUGAAAUGAUGUACAUUUCAAUACACAUUCUCUGCUCCUUCAGUAAAGCAUGGGGUGAAUAACACUUAACACCAUCAAUUAAUGGUACCUUCAGGCACUGGAGAAAAAGUAAACACUGUUCUUGUGUUUCUUUAGGUAAAUGAAAACAAGCAGUAUAAGGCCAUAAUUGCCGAUGAUGUUACAAAGCACCUUGUCCAGUAUUAUGUGAUUUGAGUUACACAGUGUAGUAGGUGAAUGAUUGUAUACAAGGCUGUUACUCUAAUCACUCUGUUAUCAAAUAUUUUAUAUUUCUUAAAUUUGAUGUCAUUUAAUUGUAAAGGUCUAAGAGUACUUUUCUCUAAGUGUCUAUAUUAGAGUAUAAGUGAUUUCUAUGUUAUGUUUAAUUGUAUAAUCCAAGCUAUAAUUAGGUGUGAUAAUUAAAAGAAGAGAUUGUUUUAUAUAUACAGUAUAUAUAUAUACUUUCCUUGUAUUUAAACAGCAUUCCACAAAGCACCACAUGUAUAUAGUAUUUUUAUUUCUUUCUAUUGAAAAUGUAUUUUGUAAUCUAUCUACAUAGUUGUACAAAAUAAAUCUGUGAAUGUAAAGUAGAAGUAUAGAGAGCUGUAAAUACAGAGAGAUUUUAGAUUGGUAAGAAUGUUAUGAUACAUAGCCUACAGCUUGUUUUUUACCAACCAAUGGUAUUUGUACAUUGUUGAUGGAUAAGUUUCAUUAAAAAAAGAGAAUGAGAA